AAAAAAUUGACAUUUGACAUUUAGAUUUAAUAUUUUUUUGUGGUCCCUGUUUAAUGUGUUGUUGAGUUGUUCCAUUUUCAAUAGUAUUAAUUUAAUAAAUAUUUGAUUAAAAUAAAUCUAAAAGUUUUCGUGAAGUAAUAAAUUUGUGGAACAGAGGAUAUCGUCAAAAAUGGCUAUUAUGUUCAGUGUUGUUGCCCGCGGCACUGUUGUAUUGGCGAAGUAUGCAACUUGUGCUGGUAAUUUUACUGAAGUCACUGAACAAAUACUAUCCAAGAUUCCACCCCACGAUGACAAGCUUACAUAUUCGCACGGAAACUACCUAUUUCAUUACAUAGCGGAAAAUAAGCUUGUUUAUUUCUGCAUUACUGAUGAUAAAUUUCAACGAUCAAGAGCAUUCCUGUUUCUGAAUGAAAUCAAGAGGAGAUUUGUAUCAGCAUUUGGGGACACAGCUCAGACUGCAAUACCUUAUGCUAUGAACAGUGAAUUUGCGAGAGUACUGGCCACUGAAAUGAAGCAUUAUAGUGAGUCCAGGGACUUGGAAACCAUAUCCAGGGUACACGGGGAGUUGGAUGAACUGAAAAAUAUCAUGGUCAAAAAUAUUGACAACAUGGCAAUGCGUGGCGAAAAAUUGGAGCUUUUGGUGAACAAAGCCGACAAUUUGGCAACGAGCUCAGUAUCGUACCGCACAUCCGCAAGGACCUUACAGCGUUCGCUGUUUUGGAAGAACAUAAAAAUGUACGUGAUUCUGGUACUAAUAGCGGCACUGGCGGUGUACCUCAUUGGAGCCAUGGCUUGCGGCGGCCUCGCCUGGAGGACUUGCGUCGGUUAACCUUUAUAAUAGCAUUCUCUAUACAUAUAACAUGAUAUUAUUGAAAUCAAUGCUUUUACUAAGGAACCAUCCAUCUCCUAUUAAAAAGUGGAUGCACAAUCAGCGACCAAAAAACGUCCCCACUCAAUGAGUGUCAAACACAACUUCUUGGCUCUCAAUUCAAGUAGUCGCAGUUGCAAAUUCAACCUUAAACUGAAUCCUUAAGGUUGAAUUUGCUCUGAAUUCGGUAUUUUAUUGAAUAUUGAACUAUAUUUAAAGGCCUUUAGGUAUAAUUUUCUUUACCUAUUGGUAAAGAAAAUUAAG